AUGGCCAAAUCCCACCGCUGCCAGAUUCCAGAGAACCUGGAGAUCUUGGACAUUACCUUGUUAGGAGCCGAUCACUGCGCAGUGUCACUGUUGAGGCCGCAGCUGCAGCAGUUUCAGCGGUGCGCUGGUGAGCUGAAGCCCAGGGAGAUGUCACAGCUCUACUAUCGGCGGACUGACAGCUCCUCGUACCGGGACCGCAUCCCUCUGAGAAUUGUGCGGGCCGAGUCGGAGCUGUCACCUCUGGAGAAAGCCUACCUCGGAGCUGUGGAGAAGGGGGACUAUGCUAGUGUCAAACACGCUCUGGAGGAGGCAGAGAUCUACUUUAAGAUCAAUAUCAACUGCAUCGACCCUCUCGGCCGCACGGCUCUGCUGAUCGCCAUCGAGAACGAGAACCUCGAGAUCAUCGAGCUCUUGCUGAGCUUCAGCGUCUACAUCGGCGAUGCCCUGCUGCACGCCAUCCGCAAGGAAGUGGUGGGAGCUGUGGAGCUGCUGCUAAAUCACAAGAAGCCCAGUGGUGGCAUGCAGGUCCCUCCCAUCUUAUUGGACAAGCAGUUCUCCGACUUCACCCCCGACAUUACUCCCAUCAUACUUGCGGCACACACCAACAACUAUGAAAUUAUCAAACUCCUGGUGCAGAAAGGCGUGUCAGUGCCGCAGCCACAUGAGGUGCGCUGUAACUGCGUGGAGUGCGUGUCCAGCUCGGACGUGGACAGCUUGCGGCACUCACGCUCGCGCCUCAACAUCUACAGAGCGCUGUCGAGUCCCUCCCUGAUCGCACUCUCCAGCGAGGACCCCUUCCUCACUGCGUUCAGGCUCAGCUGGGAGCUGCAGGAGCUCAGCAAGGUGGAGAAUGAGUUCAAAUCAGAGUACGAGGAGCUGUCUCAGCAGUGUAAACAGUUUGCCAAGGACCUGCUGGACCAGACCAGGAGCUCCAGGGAGCUGGAGAUGAUCCUGAACUACAGAGACGAUAUCAACCUGUUGGAGGAGGAGAACAACAACGACCUGGCGAGACUCAAACUAGCUAUCAAGUAUCACCAAAAAGAGUUUGUAGCUCAGCCAAACUGCCAGCAGCUGUUGGCAUCGCGCUGGUACGACGAGUUCCCCGGCUGGAGGCGGCGACAGUGGGCGGGGAAGUUCUUCACCUGCGUCUUCAUCGGCCUCCUCUACCCCGGGUUUGCUCUCUGCUACCUCAUCGCUCCGAAGAGUCGUUACGGCCUCUUCAUCCGGAAGCCCUUCAUCAAGUUCAUCUGCCACACGGCGUCCUACCUGACCUUCCUCUUCCUGCUGCUCCUCGCCUCCCAGCACAUCGUCACCACAGAGCAGGACAGGCAGGACAGGCAGGGCCCCGCACCCACCACCGUGGAGUGGAUGAUCCUGCCCUGGGUGCUGGGAUUCAUCUGGGCAGAGAUCAAGCAAAUGUGGGAUGGUGGUUUCCAAGACUAUGUCCACGACUGGUGGAACCUGAUGGACUUUGUCAUGAACUCUCUAUACCUGGCCACCAUCUCCCUCAAGAUUGUAGCCUACACUAAGUACAGUGGCAGUAAACCCAGGAACCAGUGGGAGAUGUGGCACCCGACACUCGUAGCUGAGGCGGUGUUUGCCAUCGCUAACAUUUUCAGCUCCCUGCGCCUGAUCUCGCUGUUCACGGCCAACUCUCAUCUGGGGCCGCUGCAGAUCUCUCUGGGGAGAAUGCUGCUGGACAUCCUGAAGUUCCUCUUCAUCUACUGUCUGGUCCUGCUGGCCUUUGCUAACGGACUGAACCAGCUCUACUUUUACUAUGAGACCAAGGCUUCGGACGAGAAGGGGAAAUGUAAGGGCAUCCGCUGUGUGGAGCAGAAUAACGCUUUCUCCACGUUGUUUGAGACCCUGCAGUCUCUCUUCUGGUCGAUCUUCGGCCUGAUCAGCCUCUACGUCACCAACGUGGACGCCGACCACCAGUUCACCGAGUUUGUUGGCGCCACCAUGUUUGGCACCUACAACAUAAUAUCACUGGUGGUGCUCCUCAACAUGCUCAUCGCCAUGAUGAACAACUCCUAUCAGCACAUCGCUGACCACGCUGACAUUGAGUGGAAGUUUGCCAGGACGAAGCUGUGGAUGAGCUACUUUGAAGAAGGGGCCACGCUGCCGGCCCCGUUCAACAUCAUCCCCAGCCCCAAGUCCUUCUGGUACCUCAUGUGUUGGAUUAAGAGGCAGGUGUGCAAGAGGACCAACUCCAAGCGACCUGAGACCUUUGGAUCUCUCGGAAGACGAGCAGCGGAUAAUCUGAGGAUAAACCAUCAAUAUCAGGAGGUGGUGAGGAAUUUGGUGAAACGUUACGUGGCCGCCAUGAUCAGAGAUGCUAAGACAGAGGAAGGACUGACUGAAGAGAACUUCAAGGAGCUGAAACAAGAUAUCUCCAGCUUCCGUUACGAGGUGAUGGGCAUGAUGAAGACAGGGAAGCCCGCCCUGCAAGGGGCGAAGGCCAGCGGCAGCUCGGUGGAAUCCAGUCUCGCUUACCCUAACUCCUCGCUCAAGGUUUCCCCCAGCCCUCAGAGCAGCCAGACGAAAAGCAAGAGCAACAGAUUCAAGAUCACCGCCUCCAUCCUCAAGAUGAGCAGUUCCACAGCGUCACCCAGGCCGCCAGACGCCUUCAACGGUCUGCCUAACGGACUCCUGCCCCUGCUGGGCCCUGAUGAGAGCUCCAGUGACAAGUCAAGCCAAAGGAGGAACUUCCCCAAAGAUAUCACCGACUUUGGCUUGUUCCAGAAACGCCACCGCAACGAAGCCACAUCGGGCACAGAAGAGAUUUCCAGGAAGAUGUACUCUUUAUCAGAGGAAGCAGGGGAGUCUGGGGGCUCGGACACAGAGGAGCGGGACAGAGAGCGAACGGCCGGAGAUGAGGAGGAGACAAAGUUCUCAGAGGGAGAAAUAGUGGAGGAGGCUGCGGUGACAGAGGCUGACACCGAGGAUGGCGAGGUCUCAAAUGCCAAGUAUGGCUCGGAGGAAGACAAAGAAAAAUAAACUGAAGGAAAGCACGAAGCUUCAUUGACCCGGUAGCUGAGGGAUGUUUGACAUUAUAACAGGCCACGAAACACUGGACUGGAGUCAGACAAUCAAUGUGAGCUUUAAGUGAGGAAUGCUGGGUCAGAAACGUGCGUGAUAUUCACAACGAGUCUAACUUUUCCAGUAAUUACCACACUAAUGAUCAGUUUUGAUCUGUGGAGACUCAGGGAGGCCUUUGGUUUUAGAGUUUAUAAAUGCCGUCAUAUCGGCAGCGAAGGUAAAUGAAGCGUGGCGAGGAUUUAGAUUUCAGGAUAAAGUCAUUUCAUCUUAUCUCUACGGACGAUUAGAAAGUAAUUAUUUCCUGAAACUGAAAAUAUCCUGUUUUCUUUAACCUCCUCUCUCUCCCUUACCCUCCCCAACACCGAAUACGAGCACUCUCUCCUUUAUCAAUCUCUCUCUACCUCUUUUCCUCUCCUGUUUAUCUCUACGCGGCUUUAUCUCUUCCCGUCCUUUAUCUCUCCCCGUCCUUUAUCUCACCGGAGCAAUAGAUAUGUUCAGUUUUACACCCGACUCUCUGCCUUAUUCUGUCUGUUUCUGCACUUUACACACUUUACUCUGGCGAACAGUGUGUCGAGCUCUGACCAUGCAACAACUCUGUCGAUGUUUUUCUAUGCAAAGAAUCCCAGUGAUGGUGAUGAGGACGACGGCUUGUUUUUAGCGAGACAAGAACUCUUGUACGUAGGGUGUCAAGUGUGUCCAGCUGCUGGUGGAAGGGAAAUGGGAGAUAAUAACAAUAUGAACACAGGCUAUCAACCAUUUAAAGCAACAUAUUAUUCAUGUUUUAUCACUCCUGCCGAAAAUCAACUGGUUAUUUUGAAAAGUUUUGCUGUUUUUAAGAAAGGUAACUUUAGAUGUAAUGUUAGUUCGUAUGAUGGACGUUCUAGAGACUGAAACAGAAGAGAAAUAAACCGAAAAGUUCACUUAUUUAUUCAGCUUUUUUUUUUUUGCUUCAAACACAAUAUGAUGUUUUCAUGUCAGGCCCCGACAGACGGCAUCUCUAAGGCUUUUCAUGUUGUCUUACUCAUUCUUUAAGGUACGGUGGCCAAAACACAUCCUCUUGUGUUUGCUUCCUGUUAUAAAGACUGACAGUGUGUCCGUCCAAUCAGUGUUUUGCAAUUGCAUGUUUUCUUU